AUGAGAAGAGGAAUGGUUCAACUUAUCGAACUAAUAAUUGAUGAAAGAGUCAGACGCCUGACAAAUUUACAAACUGAUCUAUUGAACCAUUAUUUAGGCCUACCUCUAUUAUUGUUAGGAACGCAAACGGUGUAUUUUCCUUCGAAACCGAUAAUGAAUUCGUUAUUUAAUUCAACAAUAAAGCUCUCUGAUCCAGCCAGAGAGCUGCAUGAGAAGAUGUGUUCUCAAGAAACUGGUAAAUUGUUCUCUCAAAAAGAGUUAACUUCCAUGUUAGACAACUGCUCGUUAAGUGAUUUAAUGCAAUAUGUUCAGGAACUUUUGGAUAAGAAUCUAUUGAAGUUAGUGAAACAGAAUAAAGAACUUAAGUUCCAAGCAGUAGAUGCAGCUGAAGCAGAAAAGAAAAGCGGGAUGAGCUCAGAUGAGGCUCUUGUCUACUCAUACAUCGAAGCUAGUGGAAGAGAGGGUAUAUGGACGAAAACGAUCAAGGCGAAGACAAAUUUACACCAACAUGUGGUUCUGAAAUGUUUAAAAUCACUUGAAUCACAGAGGUACGUAAAGAGUGUAAAGAGUGUCAAAUACCCAACCAGAAAGAUAUACAUGCUUUACAAUUUGCAACCAUCCAUUGACGUAACAGGUGGUCCGUGGUUCACAGAUAGUGAAUUGGACGUUGAGUUUAUAAACAGUCUUCUGACCAUCGUUUGGAGAUUCACAGCGGAAAGAACAUAUCCAAAUGGUUUUAACAACUUUUCCGACGAAAACGGUAGAGACGCACUCUAUUCCAGUAACGUCAAAAGUUACACCACGAUCGAAGAGAUCCUUGAAUUUAUUUCUGAAUCAGGAAUAUCUACAGAACAACUAACGAAACCAGAUAUUAGAUCACUGUGCGAAGUUCUUGUAUAUGACGAUAAGUUGGAGAAAGUAUCUUUUGAUUGCUUCAGAGUAACGUUGCAAAGUGUCUUACAGAUGACUCAACCUGUUGGGGGACAACAAAGUUCGAAAAGAGAAGAAUAUUCUAUAUUCAGUCACGGAAAUUCCAUGGCAGCUUCCAGUUCAGAUAAAGAUGUCCUAUACUUUGACGAAUGGACGCUGUGA